AUGAGGUGGUCUGUGUGCUUCACAUUGAUUCUGUCCCUGCUGUUUGUGGCAGGGACAUUAGCUGCCCCAGCUCAGGGCCUGGGACGCGAGAUAAAGGCAAGACAGGAAACGGAUUCAGAUCAAGCGGGAGAGAGUACAUCCAGCGAGGCGUCGACAGCAACACAAACAGAUGCAUCAACAACUGCAUCGACAUCAACAUCAACAUCAGCAACUACCACGGCCACUGGUACGGGUACGGCUACCACGACGAACACCGCAUCAACAACUGCUUCGGCCGCUGAAGCUACCUCGACCGUCCCCUCACUCGAUGGAGCCACUGCCGCUUCCCAGCAAGAGGCGGCUGAUUCGGCAAGGCCAACAUACUCGGGCGGACUCCCUAUCAAGCCGGUAAUCACGCCAGCAUGGGGAGUUGGAGGAUUUAUACUUCUGGUUCUGGGAGUAAUCCUCGCUUUCGUUGGCGUCCGCAAACAAUGGGUCCAAAUCUUCCUCUCAACGGCGUUCCUCACUGCGCUGGGCGUCACCGUCCUCAUUGUAUACGUGAUGAGUCCAUCCGUGAGUAAUGCUGUGCAGGGCGGUUAUGUCGUAGCCGUCUUCUUCACUGGUGCCGUCUUUGGUGGUCUCUCUCUCGUUUUCAAAGAGAUCUGUGAAGGAUUGGGCUGUCUCCUGGGCGGCUUCUGUCUCAGCAUGUGGUUCCUCGCCUUGAAAUCUGGUGGCCUUUUGACCGAAAAUGGUCCUAGAACUGGCAUGAUCGUCGCGUUUUCGGUUGGGUUUUAUUGUCUGUCGUUCAGCCAUUACACGCGUCCGUACGGCCUAAUAGGAUGCUCGUCUUUCUCUGGUGCGACGGCAUUGGUUUUGGGCAUUGACUGCUUUAGCAGAGCUGGAUUGAAAGAAUUCUGGCUGUAUAUCUGGGGAUUGAACCAAAAUAUCUUCCCGCUCAAGACUGAUACUUACCCGGUCACCCGCAAUAUCCGUGUUGAGCUUGCCGUAACGAUUAUUGUCAGUGUCCUAGGUGUUAUUUCGCAGAUUAGGCUGUGGAAGGUCAUUAAGGAGCGCAGAGCUAAGGAAGAAGACGAGCGUAAAGAGCAUGAGCGGAAGAUUGAGGAAGAGGAUGCUGAAGCCGGUCGACAGUUGGAAGAGAAGAACAUCCGGGAACGUGCCAAAUGGGAAAUGACGUACGGCAAUGGCCACGACGGCAAGACCGUCUCGGUAUCCGAAACGGCUGUUGGCGAAGACUCGCGGCGCGGCUCAGAUGCUUUCACAUCUUAUAACAACGACAAGGAUGGCGGCAUUGAGCUUAACGAGAUACAGAGUCCCGAGGCUGGAGCCGAUAGCGAGAAGAACGGCACUGAAGCUCGGGAACUUGAGACAGUGAGAGAGGAGGAUGCUCAGGAAUCGCCUGAGCAAGGAAAGCCGCAAGGGCCCGAGGAGGAGAACGCCGACUCCAAGGCCAGACCCGAGACGCCUAUUGUUACCCAUGUCCUCGGCGAGGACAUUGACAAUUCUUCUGAAAACGGGGCAGACAUUGGCUCGGAGGUUGGGACACCACGCUCAAAACGCUUGUCUGGGAAAGAGCUGUUGGACAGGCUCUCCUGGCGGAACAGCACUGGCAUGAAGGUCAGUUCCCAGUCUGAGGAGGCUUUGGUGGUUCAGAAUGACGCUUCUUCCUCUGUGUAUGGCGUGGUGGAUGAUGUGGAUGAUCUCCAGGAGGUGAGCGUGGGUUGUCCCAGUAUCACAUCGGAUGUCCACGGGCGUGUUGAGGAGAGCCCUAUGCAAGAAACCAUUCUGUCCGAGAAUUUGCCAGAGAAGCGUACUGUUGAGAUAAAGAGCAAGUCAACUGCUGGCUCGCAGGCUGUCCAUGAGAGCACCGCUCAAGAAGCUGGGCUUGCCCUGGAUACAGGCGCAACAGAGCGUCAAUAUGCACAGAAAAACAUUGUGGAAGAGACUGUUUCCAGCAAGGUUGAUUCUCGGGUUUCUGAGGAAGCUGGACUCGGCGUUGUCACGGGUGCAUCAAUUCAGAACGAUGCCGGUAAAGUGGUUACCGACGAAGCCGUUGCAAGCAAAACUACUCAGCUAGCGACUACUGCUGAAACCGUUCCUCGAACUCCCAUUGAAAGCACUAUUGCAAGCCCUCCAGACAGGACUGUAUUGUCUGUCAUGUCUGACCCACUUCAAUCGCCAGAUACGCCUGCGACGGAUGUUCAGAGCGACAUUACAGAUGCACCAGAAACCCAGAAGAGAAAAACCGCGGCACUGGAGCGGCCAUCCCAGAAGGAUGCCAGGGUUGAAACUGUGCAAGCGAGCGAGGCUCAGCCUACAGUCGACACCGCCGAAGAGCAAGUCAUUCCCAAACCAAUGGAGAAGGUCAAGAAGCAGAAGGUCAUCAAGAAACUGGAUGCUUCAACAAUCAAAUCGCUCCCUGAGCAAACAUCCAGAAUCAUCCAUUCUUAUCGCACAAACGAAUGGGCCAAGCAUCUGGCAGAUGCCGACACUCCUGAGAUGGAGCCCAUUGAAUUCGGCAUUGAGCCUGAAGUAGAAGGAUCUAAUGAAGUGCAGGAAACUGCCGCCUUUGUGGAUGUCGACGGUCUUCUACAGACGCCUCUUAAUGCUCAACCACCUCCAGCUGUGAACAGGACUGAAUCAUAUGAGGUGGAAGCUCAUCAACCUGCUGCUAUUCCAUCGGUGCCUUCGCCCGAGGUGCCUCGAUCCAAGUUAAAAAACAGUCUCAGAAAAGCUAUCCAAAACCCGCUCCCGCGCAACGCCUCGACUGGCUCGGUGAACAUGCUGCGAUCAUCCUCUGGCCAACUACCACACACUCAAGAAGGACAGGCAGGAUUACGCAGCGCCUCAACCCCGUUCCUGACCCUCACUGCCCCCGAAACCAAGGAGGCAGAACAAUCACCAAAAUGGAACGGCCCACCUCCCCUCCUCGCCGUCCGUGAGGACAUGGUCCGAAACCGCAUGUCAUCCACAUCCCUUCGCUACGAUCCUUGGGCAUCCCGAAACCAAUCCCGCCAAUCCUUCAACGACUUCUCCCCCAUCUCACCCAUCUCUCCACCUCUCUCAGUCCCCGAAGAAAGGGACGAGGACAUCGAACAAGGCCCACCACGCGACGAAGACGACAUCCCUCUAUCCAAACGACGCACCAUGCUCCAGCGCCAAACCAUGCAAUCCCCAUACGCAGCCAGCAUCCACAGCAUCGAAGCUCCAUCCCCGGUCCAAUCAUCCCCUCCAAGCGCAGAGCUAAACAGACCUGCUUCGAGAAUGGCAGCAUGGCGCCAAUCAGUCCGCGAGGAAAUCACCGACAAGCGUGAUCCCCUUGCUCUCCCUCCCCAGUCCCCGCCUAAUGGUGGUGCCGUGAGCCCCGAUCGACCGCACAGCAGUCUAUGGGGCUCUGUGCAGCAGAUGCGGGAUGUCUCGUCGAACCAGCUUGACAGCGCCGUUGCCAAUGGCAUGCAGCGUGGUAGCAUGACGGAUUUGCAUCGUCAGGCUAUGCGUCGCAUGCAGGCUUCUGCGAAUAAAAAGCUGUAG